AUGUUUGCCACAUUGAUUCAUCCGUUCUUCUCAAACUGAUCCGUUUUCACGACAACAUAUUCUCCCAUGAAAAUUUUCUCUUCUGGGUCUUUGACUCUUUGUUUUUAGGACCAAUUUUUUUUUUUGUUUUUAGGUCCAUCAAAUCAAACAUUUCAUUUGUUGUUUUUGUCGGUUAAGGUUGUCACCUCAUAAUAGUUAUGAUCAAAGUUUGUUCCUUUAUGAACCAUUGCAUUGUUCUACUCAAUUGCUUUUAGUGCUAUAAUUGGUACAAAAAUUCAAAGGUUUUUGCUUUUUUUUCAAAAUUUUACUAAUUUAUUUGUUUUCUUUGAAUUCAUCCGUUACAAUUUUAUGAUGCUGGAAUGAAAUUCACAGCAAGAUUCUGGUUUUAUUAUAUUUAAAUUUAAAUUUAGAGAAAUUUUUAUUUCUGCAAUCAUGGCAAAUUUGUUGAACUAUGAUCCUUCCCAUGUCACAAGAGCUUUUUCUCAAUACCCUUUUGUUUCUUCUUCAUAUUUUGAGGUUAACAGAAGUGUUAGGUUCAAUCUUAGAUCCUGUUUUGAUACAAGUAAUGGAAAUGUUGAUGUUAAUUCCAAAAGGGGUUUUUUGAAGGCGAAGACAAAGGGUUUAGAGAAGGGUAUUUCUGUCAUAGAUGGAAAAUAUGAUGCCACUAUUGUUGAGCAUAGAUCACCAGGUGGAAGUCACAAUAAACCUUUUUGUGAUCAUCAAAUUCCUCAGAAACUUGUAGUUGCUGUUGAUGUUGAUGAAGUAUUAGGAAACUUUGUGUCAGCGCUGAAUAAGUUCAUAGCAGCACGAUAUUCAUCAAAUUAUUCAGUUUCUGAGUAUCAUGUGUACGAGUUCUUCAAGAUAUGGAAUUGUUCACGCGAAGAAGCUAAUACCCGUGUUCAUGAGUUUUUCGAGACACCGUAUUUCAAGUCAGGGAUCCACCCUAUCCCAGGUGCUCAAACGGCCCUGCAGAAAUUAUCAAGAUUCUGUGACCUAUCAGUUGUAACAUCUCGGCAGAACGCAAUCAAAGAUCACACAAUUGAGUGGAUAGAGAAUAACUUUUCAGGUUUGUUUGAUGAGAUUCACUUUGGAAACCACUUUGCCCUUGAUGGGGUGUCAAGACCAAAGUCAGAUAUUUGUAGGUCUUUAAAUGCUAAGGUUCUUAUUGAUGAUAACCCAAGAUACGCAAUUGAGUGCGCUGAAGCUGGAAUUCGAGUCCUACUUUUUGACUACGAAAAUUCAUAUCCUUGGAGCAAGACUGAGUUGGCUUAUCAGCAUCCUCUUGUGCACAAAGUUGAGAAUUGGGAAGAAGUUGAACAAGCAUUAAUGUCAUUGAUAGCUUUGUAGUUACUAAAAGUCAUGCAGGAUCAUGGAUUUUGUGAAAAGAACCCUUUUAGGUUUUUUAACUCGACUUAUGUAAUACUCUACACAAAUUUUGAUGUAUUAGAUACAAAGAAACUAUUUGUAAUACUCGCGCACAAAUGAAUGGUGUAUAUAUGUAGAUUGUUGAACCGAAGGGUUGACAAUGUUGAGAAGCAUUUUCAUGUAUGAUGAUGAUUUGGAAGAAUGAUUAACCUCUUUCAUUUGACUGUUGUAAA